AUGCUAGUGGUUGAGCAUUGGCUUAAUGAACUUUGUGAAGAACUUUGCGAGCGUCUUCAAUCUGACCUCAACCAGAAUAAGCGAAUUGCACACACACUUACUCUCCACGCUAGAGCAUUCAAGGCUGGUGACUCCGAGUCACAUAAUAAAUUUCCUUCUAAAUCAUGUCCGUUGAGAUAUGGUGCUGCGAAGAUGAAGGAAGAUGCUUUGUAUCUAUUUCAGGCUGGUUUGCGUGAUUAUCUUGGCUCCUGCAGAAUCAAGAUUCAUGGUGGUCAACACAGUGGAUGGAGAAUAACUAGUCUUUCUGUUUCAGCUAGCAAAAUAGUUCCUAUACCUUCUGUAAGCUCUUAUUGA